CACAGGGAAAGGCAAUGGAUAGAGAACCAGAGGAACUCCAAUUCCUGGGUUUGAUAGGAAUCUACAAAGAAUCCUUGAAGAUAAUCUUCACAUGUCGAAGAGUUUUCACCAAAAUCACCCUUGCACUCAUUCUUCCCCUUACUUUCAUUUUCUUAGCUCAUAUACAAAUCUCUGAACUCAUCUUCUCCAAAAUCAUCAGAAACGAAGUAGACUUAGAUAGCACUCGUUCCGGCACACCUUCUUAUUAUCGUCUCAGCGAUCGAAUUUCUUCAGAAUGGACUACUUUUUGGCUGUUCAAAGCAACCUAUUUCCUCUUCUUCUUAAUCUUCUCCCUUCUCUCUACCUCUGCAAUCGUAUACUCUGUCGCUUCUAUUUAUACUUCUAAAGAAUUAACCUUCAAGAAGGUCAUGACUGUUGUCCCCAAAGUGUGGAAACGCCUCAUGGUCACUUUCUUAUGGAAUUUCAUUAUAGUUUUCUUCUAUAAUGUUGUUGCAGGGUUGUUCUUUAUUCUCGCUCUUAUCGGGAUCGCUCCUGGAACCACAAGAGGAGUUGUUCUCAUUGGUCUUCUUGUUCUCUACUUUAUUGGAAUUGUUUAUAUAAGUAUUGUGUGGCAUUUGGCUUCGGUGAUCUCUGUUUUAGAAGAUUUGAAAGGAAUCCAAGCCAUGAUUAAGAGCGAGGCUUUGAUUAAGGGGAAGAAAUGGAUUGCCUCUGCAAUUUUUGUUAAAUUGAAUCUUGGUUUUUUAUUCAUACAGAUGGCGUUUGAGAAAUCGGUGGUUCAUGGGGAAGAAUUGGGAAUGGGGAAUAGGGUUUUGUAUGGGAUGAUUUGCUUCUUUUUGCUUUUGAAGUUGUUUUUGUUUGGGUUGGUUGUUCAGUCUGUGUUCUACUUCGUCUGCAAGUCGUAUCACCAUGAGAGCAUCGAUAAGUCUUGCUUGGCUGAUCAUCUUGAGGUUUAUCUUGGAGACUAUGUGCCUCUUACGAGCAAGGAUGUUCAAUUGGAGCAAUAUCAUGUCUGAUUUUUUGGUUUUUUUUC